CAUCGACUUACGAAGUUUCAGUGAAUAAAAAUCUUUCAUUCAUUUCUAAGUGUUUUUUCUAAAGCCCUGACUUUUGAUUAAGAUGAGGGCGCAGAAAGACUGUACUGUGUUAUUAUUUUUCAACGCCAUUUAUUGGAUCCUGUUCAUAGAGUGUAGCAGAGCUAAAGUGAAUGAUGAUUACGAAUAUGGUACACCUAUUAAAAAAAGAGUAAGACGUUCAUUAGCAACAAUUUGUGUUGAAAGAAAACCUAGACACUUACAAGAGCAAUCAUAUCUUUUGUGUAAAGAUGAAAAACUACCCAUGCCCAAAUAUGGAGAAGAUAAAAGUAACUAUGUUGCACACCAACCUUUCCUUCCCUAUCCAAAUGUGCAACUUAAUAAAGGAACCUUCGGCAUUUCGAACUUCGUUAAUAGAUAUAGCCAAUCGACUCAUUCUAAUUCGGAAAAGACUACACCUCCUUUGAAUUCCAGUCCCGUUGGUCAAAGAUUACCAAUUUCGAUGCCAUUCAUAUUAAGCACAGCUAAAUACGAAGGGGACAAUGAAACACCAUCAAGACGUUAUAAUUCUAACAAUGAAUAUCUGAAAACGAGAAAGGACGAUGAAGACUAUAUUGCACAACUAUAUGACCUUAAUCAAUCAAAAUAUUUUUAUUUUAAUAACUUCGAUACAAAGAAUUGUCCAGCUAAACUUGAUUUAGAGACUGAAAAAUGGGAAUUUAAUCCUACAAAUGAUGAUUCUGUUGACUCUUUACAAUAUUCAUUAAAUGCACCUAUUCCAAGGUCAGAGAUAGAAAUGRCUUCGCCAACCUUGGUGAAAGAAUUGCCAUUACUUUAUGAUGCUACAGGUAUUGCUUCCCAACAAAUAUUUAGUGAAACAAUUAACCGAAACCAACAAUAUUCAGCAGAAAGCUUUCGAUAUAAAUUACCGUACACUACCCUAUGGAGUCAGAGUAUAGAKAAAGAUCAAUAUAAUGAUUUCCGGAAAGAAACAUCUGUCCCAGAAGCACCUUCGAAUCAAUAUUUUAAAGCUUGUCCACCUGAAACGGGGUUCACUUUACUACCUAUCAUUAUAACUCUACCAUAUUAUAAUCCUUCACCUGAAGCUAAACUUUCGGAUUUAUUUAAUUGUUAUGGAUAUCUUCCUCCUAGAGAAUUAGUCGGAUCCUCUUAUAAUCCAUUGCUUCAUAUUUUUCAAACAAAACUGCUUCCUUAUUUCAGUAUGAUACCACGACUAGGUGACUUACUAAGUUCAGCGCGUAUAUUAUUGCCAACGUCACAUGUCACAGACGGGAUAUUUCAAAGUACAACACCCAUACCAGAAAUUUCGCGGUCAAAUUCAUUAACAUAUACAUACCAGCCAGGAAUGAUGCCAAUAAGCAAGUUCAACAAUGAUUUACGUCCACACAUUGAGGACGAUAAUGUAGCAGUACAGUUAGAUAAUAUGCAAAUAACAACACCUAUGCCUAUGACCACAGUUUUAGCCGAGUCUUCGGAUGUUGAUUCYUUAAUAUCAAUAAAAUCAUUUGUGGAUUUACAAAAAGGAGAUAAUUCCAAAAUACAAAGCCAAAGUCAAAUUAGAAAUUUUACAACAGCUAAACCUUAUGAUAUAACGAAACCAUCUAUAACAGAAGAUUGGAAUCAAACUAGCGAGAAGUCUACUAAAAAAAUUUUGACAAUUAUUGAAAAGGCCCGACGCCUACAAAUGCGGCACAGGAUUAAUUACAAUUGAAAAUGUCUUAAUAAUAAGCUUUGCAGAAACAUUUCCAAAUUUACAUCUUUUUGUUUCGUUUCCUAAAAUGCAAGGCAAUUAACAUCACUAUUCAUAUGUUUACAUGAGAAGAAAAAAACGUUA